AUGAAAAUCAUUCAUAGAGAAGUGGAGGAUAUCGAUGUGAAACUUAAAGCAAAUAUUCCUCAAGAAGGUAUGAUUAUGACAGAAGAGAUACGCUAGAGAGACUAAAAGAAUGACAGAUAUCAUCAAAGACCCUAGUAUUUAAAGAGAAGAAGAUCUAGAAGUAGAGAAUAUAGAUUCUUUGAGAAAUCAAGUCAUUAUUAAGGGCAUCAUUAUCAAUAUAAAGGAGCUUAAUAUUCAAGAGAUUCAAGAUCUGAUAAAUAUUUGAAAAAGAGAAGAUCGGAGAAAAGAAAAGAUACUUACAGUUCAUAUUCCUAAGAACCCAGUAAAAAUGCUGAUAGAAGUUACGGUAGUGGCGGAGGAUCUAGUAGUAGCGGAACUAUUAGAUCUGGAACAAGGAAAAAUGGUGAUGCAGGACACUACAGAUUUAGAAUAGGUUAAAUGCUAGGAGACUAUAGAGUUGAUGAGCAUCUUGGAGAUGGAACAUUUGGAAGAGCACUAAAAUGCCUUCAUGUGACUGAAAAUAAGGCUUAUGCAGUCAAAAUUAUUCGAGCUGUAAAAAGAUACAAUGAAUCAGCAAAGAUUGAAGCAGACAUUUUACAAGACAUUGAUAAAAAAGGAGGAUCAAAGUGCGGAAUUGUACAUAUGAAGGAAUACUUCUUCCAUAAAGAUAAAGAAGGUGAACAUAUGUGUUUAGUCUUUGAAACACUUGGCAAAAGUCUCUAUGACUUUAUUAAGGCUAAUUGCUACAAGGGCUUCUCUCUCAAUCACAUUUAAUCAAUUGGGAAAUAGGCCCUCAGAGCUUUAGAAUUUCUUCAUGGCUAUGAAAUUACACAUACAGAUUUAAAGAAUGUCUUGAAUAAGAAAGAACUGUUUGGAAGUGAUAAAUGCGAUAGUGAUUUUGAGAUUGAGAAAGAUUUUGAUCAAAGAGCAACAAAAGCUACAGAGGAGGGCCCUAUUUCGUCAGUCUGGUGCAAGCCUCACUUUGAAGGAGUGAAAAUCAUAGACUUUGGUGGUGCUACCUACGAGAGUGAGCAUCACACAACUACAAUUAACACCAGAUAAUACAGAGCUCCAGAAGUUAUUCUUGGUAAAUCAUAAUUAAUUAUAUUUAUAGAAUGUUGCUAAUGGGAUAUGAAAAGUGAUAUAUGGUCUAUGGCUUGUAUUUUGGCAGAAUUAUAUACAGGCGAAAUGUUUUAUCCAACUCAUGAAAAUCUUGAGCAUUUAGCGAUGAUUGAGAAAUAAUGUGGACCUUUUCCACUUUGGAUGGCUAAAGAUUCUCCAGAAUUUAAAGAUUUCUUUGAUCUUGAAACUCAGGAGUCUGACAUUUUAAGACGUGGGAAAAGACUUAAUCAAAGAGAGGUCUUAAAGAAGUCAAUGAGGGAUAAAAACAUAAAAUUGAUGAAAACUGCUGAGGAGCUUGUUUAUCUCUAAAGGGGGAAUCAAGACCAUAAAUGCUUCUAAUAACUGCUGGAGUUUAUGUUUGUCUAAGAUCCAGCAAAACGUCCAUCUGCUUAAGAAUGCCUAAAGCACAAAUUUUUUAGCAUUCAAAUUGAUGAUGAAACUUAAAAAUCCGAUCUGCUUUUUGAAGGAGAGAAAUCAAGCAUUAGGAAAAUGAAGAUCUACUGGGGAUUCAGACUCGCUCUGGAUGUAGGCUAUUUCUAUCUGUUCUUGCAAUUCUUUGGAAACUGUAAACUAUCAAAUGAUUAAUAUCAUUUUAGACCCUGUAUUCUAUCAUAGAUAUGCUAAAUAAGAACCAAUUACAUCAACAAUCCUUACUUCUCAGACCCAUCUCAAUGGAAAGUUGCUUAUGACAAGAAAUUCGAUCCAGUUCCAACCCUAUGA